AUGCCUGCCCCCGUGCCUCCAAACGGCUCCAAAAGACGUCCUGACAUAUACCUGGUAAACGACGAAGACUCGGUCUAUGAGCAGGAUAUUCUACGUAAUCCUGGGAGUACGAAGCCUUGGCUAGCUUACAUACACUUCAAGUCUCAACAUGGAACUCUGCACGAGCGCGCCUUCGUGCUCGAAAGAGCCUGCCUUCAGCUUCCGCGAUCAUAUAAACUCUGGAAGAUGUACCUCAUUUUCCGUGUCAAACACGUCUCGAAGCUGAACGCUGCGAUAUUCGCCGCCGAGUACCAAAAAGUGAACGCACUUUUCGAGCGCGCCUUGAUCCUUCUCAACAAGAUGCCGCGCAUUUGGGUGCUAUAUCUCAAGUUUCUGCUACAGCAGCCACUCGUGACUACCACGCGACGAACAUUCGAUCGAGCUCUUCGUGCCUUGCCGCUGACUCAACACAACCGAAUCUGGGCCCUUUACAAACCCUUUGCAAACUCGGCGGCAGGGAUCAGUGCUGUCAAGGUGUGGCGUCGCUACAUGCAGAUUCACCCCGAAGACGCCGAAGACUUCAUAGAGCUUCUUACGCAGGUCGGCAUGUUCACUGAGGCUGUGAAGAAGUACAUUGAUGUCCUAGACAACCCACGCUUCGUAAGCAAGCAUGGUAAAGGUCACUACGAGCUGUGGAGCGAGAUGGUCGACAUUAUUGUGGAGCAUGCUGCCAAAAUCGAGACUGGGUAUGAAACUGGCAUCGAUGUCGACAGAAUCAUUAGAAGUGGUAUUGUUCGAUUUGCUGAUCAACGUGGCAAGCUCUGGUGUGGGCUGGCCACUUAUUGGAUACGACGAGGAAGUUUCGAACGUGCUAGAGACGUAUUCGAAGAGGCUAUCACCACUGUGAUGACUGUAAGAGACUUUACUCUUGUUUUCGACUCGUAUACCGAAUUCGAAGAGUCUAUCAUUGGGGCACUCAUGGAAGUUGCUUCAGAUCGUGCAGACAAGGGUGUCAUUGACGAAGAGGCCGAUUUUGAGCUCGAUAUUCGCAUGAUGCGUUUUGAGCAGCUGAUGGAUCGGAGACCGUUCCUUCUAAAUGAUGUCGUUUUGCGACAAAACCCGAAUAAUGUUUCCGAGUGGGAAAAAAGGGUUGCGCUUUGGGGCGACAACAAGCUUGAGGUUGUGCAGACUUACACUGCUGCUAUCGCAACAAUACAGCCAAAGAAGGCUGUUGGGCCGUUCCAUCAGCUCUGGGCCAACUAUGCAAAGUUUUACGAGCGGGGAGGUGACAUCAGAAACGCGCGCAUCAUCAUGGAAAAGGCCGUUAAAGUGCCAUUCAAAUCCGUCGCAGAACUAGCUGAUAUGUGGAUUGAGUGGGCUGAAAUGGAACUGCGGAACGAGAACUUUGACGAUGCCGUCAAGAUAAUGGCGAAGGCUGUUCAGGCACCGAAAAGAUCAACAGUCGAUUAUUUUGACGAGACAUUGUCACCGCAGCAACGAGUGCACAAAAGCUGGAAACUCUGGAGUUUCUAUGUGGAUCUCGUUGAAAGCGUUAGUUCUUUGGAAGAAACGCGAAAAGUUUACGAGCGCAUUUUCGAGUUACGAAUUGCAACGCCGCAAACGGUGGUCAACUACGCCAACCUUUUGGAAGAACACCAAUACUACGAGGAAUCUUUCAAGAUUUAUGAACGCGGUCUUGAUCUCUUCAGCUAUCCUGUGGCUUUCGAGCUAUGGAAUCUCUAUUUGACCAAAGCAGUGGACCGCAAAAUUGGAAUUGAGCGGCUGCGCGACCUGUUUGAGCAAGCAAUCGAGGACUGUCCACCCAAGUUUGCUAAGGUAAUAUAUCUUAUGUACGGCAAUCUUGAGGAGGAGCGAGGACUUGCAAGACACGCCAUGCGCAUCUAUGAACGCGCAACGAGGGCAGUGGCCGACGAAGACCGGGCAGACAUGUUCAACUUCUAUAUCACUAAGUCUGCGUCUAACUUUGGGCUGCCAUCUACGAGACCCAUUUACGAAAAAGCCAUCUCCACUUUACCCGACAACGAGGCGCGGGAUAUGUGCCUAAAGUUUGCCGACAUGGAGAAGCGGCUUGGCGAGAUCGAUCGGGCGCGAGCUAUCUACGGUCACGCGUCACAGUUUUGUGACCCGCGCACCAGCCCAGAUUUCUGGACCAAGUGGGAGACGUUCGAAGUGCAGCAUGGUAACGAGGACACGUUCAAGGAGAUGCUCCGUAUCAAGCGAAGCGUACAGGCACAAUAUAACACUGACGUCAACUUCAUUGCAUCGCAAGCGCUUGCGCGUAGCCAGCAACGACCGGAGGAGUCCGCGGAUCCAGAUGUUGCAGAUGCUAUGGCUGCUCUUGAACGACAAGCGAGAGCACCGACUGGAUUUGUGGCGGCUAGCGAUGCUCAAAAAACUAGUGGUCCAACAGACGUGCCAGCUGUGACAGCAAACCCAGAUGCCAUCGACAUCGACGACCUUGACGAAUAA